GGUUUGUGAAACAGAAUCUGACAAUCAACCUCUUAGUGAUAAUCAACAAACAAAUUGUGAAUAUUUUGUUGACAACCUGUUUGAGGAAGCUCAGAAAGUUGGUUCCAAAUGCUUGUCCCCCACUGAACAGAAGAAACAGGUAGAUGUAAAUAUAAAACUAUGGAAAAAUGGAUUCACAGUCAACGAUGAUUUCCGAAGUUAUUCUGAUGGUGCAAGUCAGCAGUUUCUGAACUCCAUCAAAAAGGGGGAACUACCUUCAGAAUUACAGGGAAUUUUUGAUAAAGAAGAGGUGGAUGUUAAAGUCGAAGAUAAGAAAAAUGAAGUAUGUGUGUCUACAAAGCCUGUGUUCCAGCCCUUUUCAGGACAGGGUCACAGACUGGGAAGGGUAAGCCAUAUCAAAGACUUCAUUGAAAAGUACCAAGGAUCUCAAAGAAGUCCUCCCUUUUCUCUGGCAACAGCUCUUCCUGUCCUCAGAUUGCUUGAUGAAACACUCACACUGGAAGAAGCAGAGUUACAGAAUGCUGUAAUCAUUCAGAGACUCCAGAAAACUGCUGAACCUCUUAGAGAACUUGUAGAGCAUUGAUUUUUUAUAAUAGACUAAGUAGAAAAUUUGCAGAGAAAUGAUGGUUGUAAGUGGACAUGCAAACCAAAAUCGGGAACAGAAGAAGUCAGAUUUGCUGGACUUUUGGUUCAAGUAUUCUUUAAUUCUCUCCUGAUGAGAAGAUGUUUAAGAUAAGUGUAACUAACUUAGGAAGUACCAUAAGACUGGAAACUCUAUUCAGUGCACUUUGUCUAAAAGACUACUCAACUCAGAAA